AUGAAUUUCAAAAUUAAUUACAAGCUAUUAUUUGUUUGCAUGUCUGUUUUAAUAUUAAUCUAAGGAAGAUUAUUAGAAUAAAAUAAAUGUGAACCUUAAGGUGUGAAGCUAAGUUUAGGAGAUAAUUAUGGCAAAUAAUAAUUCUAUAAAAACUACAAAUAAAUAUAAUCUAAUCCUCAUGAUUAUACUAUAACAUAUUUUACAGAACUUAACUGCACUCUAAAUUACAUUAUUGUUUAUGGAUCAAAAGGAUACGAAUUAAAAAUUACUCCAAAUAUUACAAUAUAUAGACAAGAAGUAGAUUAAAGCGGAGACCCAAAAACUCUUACAAGAAAUUAAACAUUUUUAAUAUAUGUCUAUGAAUAUCAACUUAAUCUUGAACCAAGCAAAUUUUAGACAGAUUCAUUGAUUUCUUAUUCUUGUUUUUACUCAGAUAAAACCAGUACAAAAUACGAAGAGAAAGGACAAUUUCAAUUCUUUCACCAUGACCGAUCCAAGAUGAGUGAUAAAGAGUUUAAAUUGGUUUGGAUGGCUGAUUUUGAUGUUAAUGAAAGUUUAGUACCUAAAUAUAAUAAAAGAAGGUUUGGCUAUGAUAAUUUGAAAAUCAUUUCAAAAUUUAUAAAUAGUGGAAGGGAUAAAUUUGUUUCUAUUAUAGGUGGUGGAGAUUAUGCAUAUGAUAUGAAUGACGACAGUGGAUAAAGAGGAGCUAAUUUUUUAAAAGAAACAGAAUUCUUAUUUUCUUCUAUUCCUUUCACAUCUGUUGCUGGAAAUCAUGAAUUGUGGUAUAACAUGUCCUACUAUAAAUCUCUUUUUAGAAAUCCAGGUUAUCAAUAUACUUAAAGUGAUUACUACUCUUUAAGUUUUGGAAAUUUGAUUAUGAUUGGAUUGAACACUAAUCGCUUUGCUGUGGACUAAAAAAAAAAUUUUAUCGGAUUGGAGUAGCCAUAUUUUAACUAAAUGCUUGAAUGGUUGAAUAAUACUUUGAGUUGGGCUAAUUAAAAUUAUAGAUGGAUAGUAGUUUAUUCUCAUCAAAACAUUCACUGCUUUGAAGAUCUUCCAAAAAGUAGCUGUUAUGGUCGCCAAGAUAUUGUUGCACCUCUAGAAAAAUUAUUAGUUCAAUACAAAGUUGACAUUUAUCUAUGUGGACAUAUUCAUGCUUAUGAAAGAGUACAUCCUUUGUAUUAAGGAAAAAAAUAAUUUGAAGAAAACGAUUAAUGUAAGGGUAAAAAUUGCUAAUUAUACAAUUCUCCUAAAGCCCCAGUUUAUGUUAUUGAUGGUACUUCUGGUACAAACCAUUAAUUCCCCUAAGACUCUGGAUACAAAGGCUCUGAAGAAUUUACUGUGACUUCUGAUGCAAGCUUAGGGUUUAGCACAAUUACAGUAAAAAAUAAUACUCAUCUUCUUUUUGAGCACUAUUCUUCUGAUUCUAUGAAAGUAUUUGAUUCUUUUUAUAUCCAUAAACCUGACAAUGAAAACGAUGAUACUACCAAUAAUAAUCAAUUAAACGAGUAUAUUAUCUUGUCUAUAGCUAUUAUUGUGCUUUUGAUAAUCUUGUUAUUGAUUUAUUUAAGAAGAAGAUAAAGAUUAAAGUAAGAGUUAAAAUAUAGUGAUUAAAUUGCUCUCGUGUAAUGA